AUGGUGAUUUUACUAUUGGCUGCGAUUCUUCUGCUAUCGCAAGGAAUUCAGAGCCAGGAUAAUGUGACUGCGGAUCCACUUACAAAGCUUGACGAUAUCGUAACUUCCCGCUUAAAAGAAGGCCUCAAAGAUUUGUGGCCCUCUGAGUAUGCUCCUUAUUACCUGAAACUUCAACAAAUCGCCGAACUCCCGAUUUCCCAACUGGAUGAAAAAGUAAAGGCUCUUAAUAUGGUCAGAUUCCUCAUACAGAGUGGCGAGUCCUUCAAUACAGCUGAAACUUCGGGGAUCCAGAAUCAAACUUUAUCUAAGGAGAAUCCUGCCCUUAAACAACUCACCGACAAACAAUUUAAUAAGAAGGUCAUAAAACUCCUUAAAAGGCUCGGCAUCUAUGAUAACUUUACUGACCGAGUAUUUAGGGCGAUCUUCAGUGAUGAAAAGCAGCUAAGAAAGCUUAAAAAGAAACUCGCCGAUUUGGAUAAAGACGAUGAGGACAAGGACACCUUGUGGGAAUUUGUUUUCAACCUUUUCUGA